GCCGCGGCAUUCUGACGGGUGCCAUGGAGGGUCGUGGCAUCGAGAACCCGGUGUUUGACCCGCCCACCCCCGACGCCGGCAGCCAGCGCCAGGCGAGCUCCCCCAAGGUAGAUGGCGGCAUCCCCGCGCAGUCUGGGGAGGGGCUCUGCGGUUGGGGCUGCUUUACCCCUAGGGCUCUGCAGGUCUGCAACAGCCCUGAGGGCUUCCUGGCGAUGUACAGCCUGCUGGCCAUCCUCCAAGGUAUGGUGGUAAAUGGCCUGAUCAACAUUAGUAUUUCAACAAUUGAGAAGCGUUACGAGUUGAACAGUUCACUCACUGGCUUAAUCUCUGCAAGCUAUGAUAUUUCUUUUUGUAUAUUGGCACUGUUUAUAUCUUUCUUUGGAGAAAGAGGGCACAAACCACGAUGGCUUGCUUUCUCAGCAUUUAUGCUAGGACUGGGCUCACUUAUAUUUUCCUUACCACACUUCAGUAGUGGAAAAUACCACUUUGGAACUAAACUUGAAGACACAUGUCAAAUUCCAGGAACAAGGUCUGCUAACUUCACUUGCAGUGCCAGCGCAAUGUCUUCACUUUCCAACUAUCUGUAUGUUUUUAUCCUGGGACAGCUGAUGCUGGGAGUUGGAGGAACACCACUGUAUACUUUGGGGACAGCUUUUAUUGAUGAUAGUGUCGCAAAACACAAAUCUUCCCUUUAUAUAGGAAUUGGUUAUGCCAUGUCACUGCUGGGUCCUGCUGUUGGCUACAUCUUAGGAGGACAGCUACUUAAUAUUUAUAUUGAUAUCGAGAUCCCAGAAAGUACAAAGAUGGAUCCAGAUGACCCACGUUGGCUUGGAGCUUGGUGGAUAGGAUUUCUUGUGUGCUUUGUCGCAGUUUGGCCUCUUAUAAUACCUUUUUCAUGCUUUCCAAAAUACCUACCAGGAACAGCAAAAAUACAGUCUGAAAAGAUCUCUGAAACACAUGAUGAUGGAAGUGAGCUGCUUGUUGAGACCCAGGAUAUUGGAAAAAGCUUUAAAGACUUUCCCGUGGCUCUCCUGAUACUGGUGAAGAAUCCGGUGCUUAUGAGUCUAAUAGUAGCCAGUACUUCAGAAGCUUUAGUUGCCACAGGCUUUGCCACAUUUCUACCAAAGUUGAUAGAAAACCAGUUUGGGAAAACAUCAAGCUUUUCAGCAACCCUUGCAGGGCUUGUAUUAAUUCCAGCAGCAGCACUAGGCCAAGUCGUAAGUGGCAUCUUGGUUUCGAAGUGCAAAAUGGAUUGCAAAAGCAUAAUCAAGUUCAUGAUAGGCACUUGUUCAGUGGCCCUACUAUUAAACACAGUGUUUUUAUUUGCUAAAUGUGGGAAUGAACCUUUCGCAGGUGUCUCUGAAACAUAUAAUGGAACAGGCAUGCUACAUAACUUAACAGCACCAUGCAAUGCUAACUGUGGAUGUUCACGGUCUAUGUACUACCCAGUUUGUGGCAGAGAUGAAGUACAGUACUUCUCUCCUUGUUUCGCAGGAUGUGCAUCACUUGUUAUUAACAAGACGGAAAAGAUGUACCACAACUGUUCCUGUAUUGGGAAACCAGAAAGACAAGCUGGUUUAGAAGACCUCUUCUGUGAAGCUGUCUCUGGGAAAUGUCCAACACAAUGCAAACUUUUACCUUUAUUCCUGACCUUCUUCUUUUUUGCUGUUGUUUUUACAUUUAUGGCUGUUACUCCAACAACUGUAGCCAUUCUCAGGUGUGUGCCAGAUAAACAGCGCUCAUUCGCUCUUGGAGUGCAGUUAGUGUUUGUACGACUACUGGGUACUAUUCCUGGACCAAUUUUGUUUGGUGUCGCUAUAGACAACAGUUGUACUCUGUGGGAUAUUAAUGACUGUAACACUAAAGGAGCCUGUUGGGUUUAUGACAAUGAAAGAAUGGCUUAUCUGCUGAUGGGCAUAAGUGCUUUUUGCAAAAUCAUCACAAUCAUCUUCACAGUCAUGGCAGUACGUUUGUAUAAGCCUCCCACAGCCAGUGCAGUCCUCUCAUGAAAGGAUUCAGAAAUGGUAUCGGCCGUACACACAUAA